AGCGGUGCAGGUGGAGGAGGGCACGGGGGAUGCAGAGGCAGGUGCACGGCAGCCAGAUUCCCUCCCGGAGGAGCCCUAAAGGAUGAGUAAUGCCACACGUGCUGUGCCCUCUCCCAUGGCACCUGGCACAGCAGCCAGGCUGGCCUCAGCCCCCCCAUUCUCAGCUGUUGCCCUGCUCACGGCUGCCCACAACAACUCCAAGGAUGGCCAGCAGCUUUUCCUGACCACGACAGCGGCACAGGUCAUCUCUGGCAUCUUCGUGUGGUCAGCACUCAUUGUCACCUUUCACCAGAUCUACACACACCUCAAGAAUUACACCAUCCCCAAGGAGCAGCGCUACAUCAUCCGCAUCCUCUUCAUUGUGCCUGUCUAUGCCUUCGACUCCUGGCUCAGCCUCCUCCUCCUCGGCAGCCACCAGUACUACGUCUACUUCGACUCAGUGCGUGACUGCUAUGAAGCUUUUGUGAUUUACAGCUUCCUGAGCCUGUGCUUCGAGUACCUUGGAGGGGAGAGCACCAUCAUGACAGAGAUCCGAGGGAAGCCCAUUGCGUCCAGCUGCUUUUAUGGGACCUGCUGCCUUCAGGGUAUGUCCUACUCCAUCGGGUUCCUGCGCUUCUGCAAGCAGGCCACACUGCAGUUCUGCAUUGUGAAACCCCUCAUGGCAAUCGUCACCAUCAUCCUGCAGGCGUUCGGGAAGUACCACGAUGGAGACUUCAACGUCCACAGUGGGUAUCUCUACAUCACUAUCAUCUACAACUUCUCCGUCAGCCUGGCCCUUUAUGCCCUUUUCCUCUUCUACUUUGCCACCAUGGACCUGCUUCGCCCAUUUGAGCCGGUGCUCAAGUUCAUCACCAUCAAGGCUGUCAUCUUCCUCUCCUUCUGGCAAGGAACACUGCUGGCAAUCCUGGAGAAAUGUGGGGUGAUCCCUGAAGUUCAGAUCAUCGAUGGGAAGGAGGUGGGAGCUGGGACAGUGGCUGCUGGCUACCAGAACUUCAUCAUCUGCAUUGAAAUGUUCUUCGCUUCUAUUGCCCUGCGCUACGCAUUCACCUGCCAGGUGUACAGGGAGAAGAAGGAAAACUCAACAGCAAACCUUGCCCCAAUGCAGAGCAUCUCGAGUGGGCUGAAGGAGACCAUCAGCCCCCAGGACAUCGUGCAGGAUGCCAUCCACAACUUCUCCCCCACGUACCAGCACUACACCCAGCAGUCGAUGCAGGAGGCAGAGCGCAAAGCGCCAGGGGAGAAUGGGCACGUGGCCUCCAAGAUGGAUGGACAGAGCAGCAGGAAGAGCAAAAACAUUGAAAAGAGAAUGCUAAUCCUGUCAGAUGAGGAGCUGUAGGAGGUAUCAAAAGAGACACUGACACUGAAGAGGUUGUAACCCAUGCAAAGGGGAGGUGUCUUGAGGCUGAGACAGCCUGGGCUAAUCAGAGUACUGAGAAGCCAGGAACUCUAUCCAAAAAGCCAGUCUCUCAAAGGGAAGAUGCAAUAACCCAGAAAAGGUUAAGUCAAAUAGUGCCAGCUUCUGUUGUCAUGGAUGGAGCUGUGUUGGACUCUGUGUUGCAGCCUGGCCUUUGCUGCCCCACUGCUGCUGUCUCUCUGCCAGCCCUGUGCCAAUGCUGGGGGAUGCCAGGCAGGGAGGGGAGCCGGGGUGCAGGAGAGACCAGCUGCCCUCGCCCUCCUCUUACCUCCAAGCAGUGCUGAGGCCUGAGAGAAAUGCUUUUCUCAGCACAGUUCUGCUCUAGUUUCUCCCAAUUUGAGUAAAAAAUGAUCUCCAAGGGCUCUGUGGAGAAAACCAGCCCAGGAAGGUGACUUCACUUCACCUGAAAACCUGGUAAAGGUUGAAAGACGUCAUUCCUUAUUUUUACAUCUUUCCUCCUCUCCUCACAGCAAAGCUUAUAGAGAUGUGCAAAAGACCUUCACCAUGGAGAAAGAGUAAGUCAUCCUCUUCUCCCUCCAGAUGUGGAUGCAGCUGUCCAAGUAACUCCCCCGGGAGUGUGGCAGGACCUCACUGGGACUAACCAGAGGUCUGCAGCUGCAUUUUCUGAGAGCUGCCGGUGACAGAAGUGCUUGUUUAUGUCUAAACCAGCUUAUCUCUGAACGGAUCAGAAGUUAAAAGGGAUUCCAGCCUCCUUAUCAGAAUCUUUAUUAGAGAAUCAGACUGUGACUGGUGGGGGUAGGAAUUCACUUACUGGGAACUGUCUGUUCCUCCUAACCCUUCACUAUUCCCCGUCCCUGGGCUUUGCCUGACCUGUGGAAAGGCAAGCAGGAGCUGAGCCCAGCUGGGUGACCAUGGUGAGGACAGAGAGGUGCGAAGGGACGUUGCCAUGUGGGGCAAGACCACAGGCAAGGGAAGACUAUGUAUGGAGGGAUGCUCCUCAUAUCAGUGAUGGCGAGCUCACGUCCUUCUGUUAAGACUUCUCCUUUCUCCCCCAAUUAAUAGUCUAAUUUCUAUUCUCCUGUUAAUGAGAUGAUCCCUGGGAAUGAACUCAGGCACUGGUAGGGCUGUUGUCUGGGAUGGUAGCUAGCUAGUGGAAGGAUGAAGGCAAAUCUACAGCCUCAGAUUUGAAGUCAUGUGGCAAACAAACCGAUGGAUAAGGCUUGGUGCCCUUUUAAACAUAACUUGUAGAAUUUGGAUUUUUUUUUUUCUCCUGUUCUUAAGCUGCAAAAUGUAAAUCACAACACAAAAUUAUUUAUUUUUUUUUCUAAUAAACAGCAAUUUCUAGCACAGAGCAAGCAAGCAUUUUCACUGAGCUCAGCAAGCAAAGCCCACGAUCUGCCUGUUCCUGCUAUAAUGCUGAUGCUCUUAAGCUUAACGUCCUCCCUGCCCCUCAAUGCUGGCCCAGCAGAAAUACCUGCACACGCAGCAUCCUGCACAUUUUGGCAUUCCUACAGGAUUUGUGCUCAUCUUUUUGACUCCACAAAGAACGUGCGUGUCUCCUGCUUCCUCUCCCUGCACAGCACCUCUUUCAACCCUCGCCUAAGCUGUGGACGCAGUGGUUCAGAGCUGCUGGAUCUGGUUUAGGUAAACUAAGCCCAGACUCCAGCACCAACAAGACAAGCUCUGUUUAUUAUUAUUAUUGGAGAAAUCUUACUAUGCUAUAGCUCAGAUUCCACAUGAGCAACCUAUAGUUCAGCCAGUCCUGCAAGUCCUUCUGGUCUGGAGGAGCACUGCUCAUACCUGCUCAACCAGUGAGAUUGCUGACACUUUUCCUGCAAUACGCUCCAUAAACAAGAGCCAGAUGCUCUGCACAUCCAGACAUUCAUCCAGGAUCCUGCACAUCCUGGGAGAACACUGUCCUGCAUAGAAAGUGCAGCCUCAGUACUCAGGGACAAGGCUGCUUGGCUUUGUAACGCAGCCAGCACCAAAGCAGGGAUAUCUCAGCUAAACAUCUUGGUGUUCACCCCUCUGGGAGAGGAUGGCCACAGCUGCAGGAACAGAGGCUGCUCUGGCUCCUGGGGCGAGGACAGACUGCAAAGGUGAUGAUGGCACAUCUGCUGGCGCACUCACAGCCACUGAGAUAAAGACUUGCACAAGAACACAGCAAGAACCGUGGUUGUACUUCAUUGCACAAAUGAUCGACUCCGGUGCAUAAUGGGCUGCCUCCAUUGCUCUGCCAGCAGGUGCAAUUCCCACUGCAGACAAUAACAUUUGCCUAUUUAUGUCAAGCCCUGAUUACUGUAUUAUAUGUAAAACAGAUCUUUCUUGCAAGCCAAACAAGGGGGGGAAAGAAAAAAAAAAAAAAGUCAGCUGUGACUCAUGCAAGUCAGCAGUGUGAUACCAGCCUGAAGGAGCCGUGCUGGGCUGGACACCAGCUGGCUGCCGCGACGGCAACAGCAGACACCCUCGCUGCUCCAGCCGGCGCGAGCUGGGCCUCCUGCUCGUCCUUUUCCUUGGAGAGGGGAGAGAGGCAAGAGCUGACGGCUCAGGCUGGGCACUGUCACAGCCCUCAAACCCUCAGGCUGUCAAAAGGCAUCCACGGGGAAUAGAAAUGCCAACGGUGGUGUAGGCUGGACGCGGUCUCUGCUAAUGCGUCUCCUCCACCUCCUCAACAAGGACACGGGGAAAGCUGGCGGCGAGCGCACGGGUGACCUACACAGGAGCCUGCUGUGCCUGGAGCCACGCCAGCAGGCAGCCUGGGAGGAACAGGCUUCUCUCACUGCCAGCAGCAGGCUCCGGUGGUCGGCAGAUUUGUUUUCCCGUUGUCGCUUGUCCUCGGGAUUUCCCCAAGGACAAGGCUGAGCUGCAGCUGUUGGAUCUCCUGGUGCUUUUUGGGCUUAGAUCAGGCAGGUUUACACCCCCACUCAUGUCAGGGACGAUCGGCACAGGGCAUGCCCUGCCACUACAUUUGUAGGAGCUCAGGCUGACCUCCCUGAAAGCAGAGGGGAAGGAAGGCAGCCGCUGGCACCACAGCAAAGGCAGUUCUCACGCACGGCUGCUCACUGCACAGCACCCUGUCAGAGGCAGACACUUCUUUUUUUGGGUGCUAGCACUCACCAACAAGUCCCUGGGCCCAGCUGCUGACAGGCACCAGAGUGCCAGACCCGCACCAGAGAGCAGGAUUUGUGCUUUUACCCCACCCGUUCACACAGACGUUUUAUGCUCCUCCUCUAUGCAUGGUGAACUCCUUUCACUUCUGAACCUUCACCUGACCCACUCCUGAUGCCCUUUUCCUCCUGAACCAGUGCUCCUCCAUCCCUCCAAGAGUCACACUGGCCCACCUCCCUGUCCCCUCCAUUGUCACCAGCUCCUUACUGCAGUGACUCCAGGCAGGAGCCAAAGCAGCUGAUAAUGCUUUUUUUGCUCAGCACAGACUGCCAUCACCCCCAGGCUUCACCCAGGUACCUGCUCAGCCAAGCCUGCCUGGCCCCAGCUAAUGACCAUCCAUUACCUGCUGACACACAAAGCCUUUCAGCCCUGCUCCUCUCCACUUUGCCCUACCUCUUAAUUCCAGCUUUGGCCAACACACCCAUCUGUCUCCAGCCUACUGCCUCAACACAGGCCAAGUGUUUUACCCCUUCAGCUGUUCCCUCAAGAAAUUCGACCACUUGAAAUAGGAAACUAAAGCCAACACAACCCCUGAAAGCUCACUGGCACAAGGUACCACCUUUUUAAAAGCCCCACCAGGGAAAAGCAAAAAGAUGAAGUAUUGAUAUAAGGGGUUAAAGCAGUUUAUUCACAAGCAGUCACACAGGGGAACCGUGUUUCACAACCCAAAGGAAGAGAGAGGAGUGUUUCUCUCCAGCACUUCAAGACAGGUCACAGUGUCUCCGAGCCACAACUGGCUUUGCUCAGCAUCACGACUGCAGGCAGGUGCCUGCUGAGCUGUCAGUCCAGCUUGUGCUAACACAGACACCCACUGGUUGUGCACAAAGACAGAGCCCCUGGGUUAGGAACACACGCGGUCUGAGCACGGGAUCGACCUGACAAGCAGCUCGGACAAGAGCUAUCCCUGGAGCGCAUUCCAAGUGUCCCAAGAAAGCACCACAGCAAGGCUGAGACGGGCUCCAGGAGGGUGGGUCAGAUGAUUGCAAAAGCCCAAGCUGCCAUCCCACUCGCCUUAGCCCAGCCUGCCUCCAAAAAACAUCGCUCACCGCAGUGCCACAGCCAGCCGGGUGCUGCACUGGGGACAGGCAGCAAAAAAACCCGAGGAAAACACUCCACUGAAGAUCAGUUCAGGCUCCAAAACGCUGACCAUAGACCAGGGCAAGUCUGAAACCAGAAAAUGCUUUAUUGGAAAGGUACAAAAAAACCAGUCACUGCAGCUAAAUUUACAGCAAUAAAUUACGUUGUGGCUGUCAAGAGAAGUAAUGGACACAUACACAGGGCUAUUCGCCUUACAAACAGGAAUCCACAUUGCUUGGUAUAUCAAUAAUUUAUUUUAUAAUAAAAAAGCAGCACAAAAAUAAAUAUUGAAAUGAAAUUACUGAGUAACCACAGAGGAUAGAAUGAGCUGGUGAUAAAAAACAACUUAAAACAGAAGACUUCUAUCAUUAAAAAAAUGAAAGCAAGUAUCCACCAUCUACAGAAACACCCCAGCAGACUGAAAUACAGACGAAGGAAAACAAAUCCACAUUACAAAAGUUUUUCGUUUUGUUUUGUUUCUUUUUUUUUUCUUUUUGUUUUUUCCUUUUUUUCUUUUUUCUUUUUUUUUUUAAAUAAAAACAAUCAUGACAAUGAAGUUUAAAUGAUUCGAGAGAGAAAAAACUGCCACCUUCUCCUCCUCCCCGGGUCUGAGCCAUCCCGUGGCACAGCUCGCCUCGUCCCUCCCCGCCGUCCCGGAGCUGCCGUGGCACCCAGGUCUCUGCACUUUGCGGUCUCCUCCCGGCAGACGCUGGAGUUGGGCAGGAGCAGAGACACUGCCUUGUUUCCAAGGGAUCUGGAGCUGCCCUGGAGGGCAAGGUUCCCCACUCCCGACAGAGAGCACAGCAAACACGUCUACGAGAACAGAGGUGUCCCUUCCCGGUCCCUGCGCGACGCUUUCUUCUCCUGCCUCCCGCCCAGCCCUCGGUUCCCACGUCUCACUGAGGAUGGGGAGCAACCAAAGAAAGGCCAGGCCCAGGGGAGAGGAUCCCAGCACCCAAAAAUCAGAGCCCCUGCUCCUCCUCAGCAGGGUCAGGGGGACAAGCUAAGAGGGGCAGAGAAGGGAGCCCCAGCAUCCGAAGUACUGCAGCAGAGAUGCGCGGGUGGCGCGGCUGCGGGGACGCGUCCCUCACCGCCCGCUCCCCACGCCGCGCUCGCCCUGGGUGUCAGGCUGGCAAGUGCAGGACGGAGAGAAAAAAAAA